AUGGCGUCGCUAGCUUCCACAUUGCUUCGCUCGGGCCGCACAAAAGGCUGGGGCUGCGUCAGGCCGCAUCUGCGGCUUGGCUGCCCGGCCAGCUCUAGGCUCCUUUACUCGACAAACAGCAGGCUGUCCCACGCCGUCACGACGCUUCUCGCGCCCGAUCUCUCCUACAGCCAGAAUGUCGACCACGUCGGACUCGUCGCGCGCCACCUCGAGCAGGACGGUAUCCUCCGCAUCACACUCGGCUUCCGCGACGACGCCAGCCGCUACUUGGAAGGGCUGAUCCGAAGCCUGCACGCCCACCACGGGCACCGGCUGCCGCUCGCGCACAGCGCGACGCGCGGCUGGUUCUGGGACGUGCGGCCGAGCUUUGGCGCGACGUCGUCUUUUCAGACGGCGCACCAUCACCAGGCGCGCUCCGAGACCAUGGACGAGUUUCCGUGGCACACGGACUGCAGCUACGAGUACCCGCCGCCGCGCUACUUCGCGCUGCAGGUGCUGCGGGCUGACCGCUUCGGCGGGGGCACGCUGUCGGUGCUGAGCGCGGCGCGGCUGGGCGCGCACCUCGAUGCGGCGACGCGGGCGACGCUCAUGCGCGGCGACGCGUUCCGCAUCGCCAUCCCGGCCGAGUUUGUCAAGGACCCGGCGGCGCCGACGGCGAUUCGCGGGCGGCUGCUCGUGGCGGACGCGCAGGGGCGGCCCGGACUGAUUCGCUUCCGCGAGGAUAUCGUGACACCGCUGGACGAGGCGGCGGCGGCGGCGCUCAAGGCGCUCAAGGCCGCGAUUCAGCACCUCGCGGCGCAGGAGCACGAGACGAUGCACUUUGCGGCCGCGGAUCUGCCGGCGGGGUCUGUCAUCUUGCUGGAUAACAGGCGCUGGCUGCAUGCGCGGAACGAGGUGACGGAUCCGGAGAGGCACCUGCGGAGGGUCCGCUGGGACGCGGCGCCGUUUCCUGGGAUGGAGGAGACGACGGAGGAGCUGUUGACGGAGGCGGAGCAGGCGGAGCAAGCCAAGGUGAGCGACAGGAAGGCUGCAUAG